AUGUCCGCCCAGAGUGCCUUCUCGGAGUCCAGACUGCGGAUGUUGGGACAGAGAACCUUGGAUAAGUUGAAAUCAUCCACUGAUUGGCUCUCUGAGAUUAGCUUAGCCCUCCUGCAGUUUGCAGUUGUGACUAAGUCCCCCACAUUCAGCCCAUCCUUAUCGAAAAAAAUUGCAAUGGCAGAACUUUAUAAACUUAUACCAGAGAUUUCUCUUGGAGAAAUGAAUUGGACUGCCAAAGUUAUUGUUGUUGAAAAAUCAAAUACAAAAACAGCAAUACAUAGUCCAACCAAAUACAUGAAUAUGACACUUAUUGAUCCACAAGGGAACCAAGUGCAAGCAACGAUCUAUGAAGCAAAUAUUCUACCUUUUCAAGACACGAUGGAAGUAUCAAAAACAUACUUAAUCUCGAAUGCAACUGUGAAGCAUACUAAACUUCAGUAUAGAAAAGUUGCUGGAGAUGUCCAAUGGACUAUAAAUGGGAAAACAAAAGUAGAAGAGCUCAAAGAAAAUCACAAUGCUCUAUUAUUUUCAAGAUAUAAAUUUAUAUCUUUUCACAAACUCCAGACCUACAUGGAUCUUGAAUCUGAAAUUAGUACAAUAUUCAUUAACUUUUGCAUUUUGGCUAUAGAAAUAGACAUGGGACUAGAAAGACAGGUUCAAACACCUUCUGGUACAACAUCAAUAGUUCAGGAUGUUCCAGACAGUUACACUUACUAUGUGGGAUAA